AUGGCAACCGGGGAAGACGUGGAAGCCGAAGCGCUGGGGGGUGCCAAAGUUCAUGGAACCACGACUGGCCUUGCGGACCAAAUCGCAGCCGAUGAAUUUGAUGCGAUCACAAAGGCCCGCGAGUGGGUAGCCACACUCCAAGUGCGGAGUUUGCGCGAAUUACAAACGAUCGAGCCCAUUGCUCCACGAUACCCAGCUGAUGAUCUUCUUUCUAUUGUGAAUCCUGAUAUUCGCAAACCAUUCGAUAUGAAUGAGGUUCUUUUGCGUCUUGUUGACGAUUCCCGUCUAUCGGUGUUCAAACCUAAAUAUGGUCCCAACAUGAUCACAUCUUGGGCUCACAUUAUGGGAAUCCGAGUUGGCAUCGUUGCUAAUCAGAUCUCCGUUAUCAACCCCAAUGAAGCGGCCAAGGCCGCCCAAUUCAUACGGAUGUGCAAUCAACAGAAUACGCCAAUUGUGUUCUUACAUAAUGUUACUGGAUUCAUGGUUGGCACCAAAGCCGAGCAUGCGGGUAUCAUUAAGAUGGGUGCUCAAAUUGUCUCAGCCGUCAGCUGCUCAACCGUCCCGCAUAUCUCAAUUAUCCUAGGAGCAUCAUAUGGCGCAGGGAACUACGCGAUGUGUGGUAGGUCUUACAAACCACGUUUCAUUUUCACUUGGCCGACCGGACGCUGUAGUGUUAUGGGACCCGAUCAACUCUCUGGGGUCAUGGAACAAGUACAGGAAGCGAGCGCUAAAUCAAAAGGUGAAACGCUUUCAAAAGAUAAGCUUCAGAAGCAAGUAGAGAAAUUCCGCGAACAAGCCCACAAAGAUGCAGAGUGCUAUUCCACCAGUGCCAUGCUCAUUGACGACGGCAUUAUUGACCCGCGCGAUACACGCGAUGUCUUGGGUAUGUGUUUGGAAAUAGUUACAAUGCAGGGAGUGGGAGGGACAGACACACAUAACUUGUUGGCUAGGAUAUAA